GCAAACUCGGCUGCGUCCGGCAGCCGCGGUUCCAUCUCCAGCUAUCAAUCAAUCAACACCCCCGGGGGCCCUGAAAGAAUCACAUAUAGUCAGCGUGUAGCUCUCGCUGCGUUUACCUGCUGCAGCACAUUGGACAGUGUGAAGACAACGACAUUCACAGUGCCAGAGCUGGGGAAAACAUCAUUGCACUUUCAGACUCAACAAUGACUGCUACUUACGCCCGUCCUAGAACAGCUAGUGCUAACUUUCUGCCAGCCAUAUCAACAAUGGCAUCAAGUUACAAAGGCCACUACCCUGUAAAUGUGUUCAGACAAAGCUUAAUGAUGCCUUGGAGACCUAGCACUUAUUACAAAGUAGCAUCUGUUGCUCCUACUAUGGCUUCUUUUACUAAUAGUACCCCUGGACGUAAUGAAACCAAAAGUGCUCAGAUCCCAUUGAAUAGAACAACAUUAUUGACCAGAUAUACUCCUCAGGAUUGGUAUGAAUGUAACCAGACCAGCUACAGCGAAUCAGAGUCCUACAGACACAAUGCAGAGAGGCUAAGGGCUGACACUGCUCGUCUGAUCCAGAACAAGGAAAACAUUACAAAGAAAACACAGUUUGAAACCAGCAAAAAUUUAGGGGAACGUGUUAAUGACAUCAUGUUUUGGAAAUCUGAAUUAGCUCAUGAGACUGAGCAAAUGAUUGAAGAAACUAAUUCUCUCAAUGAAGUCAAGAAACGAUUAGAGCGAGCCUUGGCAGAAACAGAAGGCCCUCUUCAGAUGUCGCAAGAAUGUCUCUAUCAGAGAGAGAAAAGGAUCGGUAUAGAUCUUGUGCAUGAUGAUGUGGAAAAGCAGUUACUAAAGGAGGUUGAAUGUAUAAAGUCCUGUCAAGAAAGAAUGAGAAGAUAUCUGAACAAAGCAAUAACCCAACUUACAACAAAUAGAGGAACCCAGCAUGAGCUGGAACAGGAUAUCAAUGAUAAAAACACAGCUUACCGAAUUGAUGGGAAAUGUCACCAGCUGCGGAACACAUCUGAUGGCAUCAGCUAUUACAGAGGAAUCGAUCAUGUGGAUGCUACAAUUUCUGUUCCAGAGUCUUGGGCCAAGUACACAGAUAAUAACAUUUUACGAUCACAGAGUGAACGAGCUGCAUCUGCUAAACUCCGCAAUGACAUCGAAAAUCUCCUGAAUUCAACUUCUAAUGAGAUGUGGAACCAGUUUAAUAAUCUAAAUGUGUCAUUUACAAACCGCAUCUCUGAGACCGCUGAAGCCAAGAAUAAGUUGCAGACGCAUCUUGCUAAGACGCUUCAAGUCAUCUUUCAAACUGAACUGACAAUCGAAAGCAUCAAGAAAGCUAUCAAAGAUAAGGAAGCACCUUUAAAGGUAGCUCAAACCCGACUGGAUGAACGUACACGGAGACCAAAUGUGGAACUGUGCUGUGAUCCAGCCCAAAUACACCUUGUAAAUGAAGUCCGUGAACUUGAUAACACCAUUCAGACCUUGCAGCAGAGGCUUAAGGAUGCUGAAGACACUCUACAAAUGCUGGUACAUAAAAAAUCAUCCCUGGAGUAUGACCUCUCCGUAAAAGCAAACACACUCUUUAUUGACCAAGAAAAAUGUAUGGGAAUGCGUAAAAGUUUCCCAAGUACUCCAAGACUGGUUGGAUACACAUGAAUAAAGAAAAAAGACAUUGUCUUUUAGGUUACAAUGACAGAUUUACCUGACAUUAUCAAUGGUACAGUUGCUGAAAAAAUAGAUUACUUUCUGGUGAUGGAGUGCUGUUUGAAAAUCUUUACUGAGUAUAGAAGACGUGUAAUUCACAAAUGCUACAAGCACCAGUGAGUUAAGAUCCUUUGACAAAUUAAAGACUAUCUGAAACUCAACAUCAUCACUGAGGUGUUUUAUUUACUUUAUGGGUGCUCUGUUCCUAUUGAACAAUCUUGUAAAUAAGUCUUGGUACACUGCAUGGUACUGAUAUUUUAUAGAUUAUAUGAUGCAACAUAUUAUGGCUGGUGAUUUUCACAUGUGGUAGAUGGGCCAUCAGUUUAGAAUACGCAUUUCAAAAAGGUGAUGGAUAUUUGCUGAAAAGCAGAAACUUGCAGAUUGAUGAUAAAGUAGGACGAAGACUAAUGUUUUAUUCUUUCAAAAAGUCAGCGCAAAGUUGAUGAAUCAAAUAGCCUCCUGUGCUGUGUGAUUCUUUAUUUUCAUGCAAUCUCUUCUUUUAGUGCAGCAAUAGGUGAUCUUGUGAAAACUGAUUUUUGUUUGUCUUUGUGAAUUGAUAUGAAUUGUUUGCUGAUGUUUAUCAUUAAGCAGCUUCCUCGAAUUUGAUCUGUACUGCAUGCUAUUGGGUGAGUUGAGAUGAAAAGUUGUUAUUAAUCACCAAAGGGUUUUUUACAAUAAACAAUAAAAGUCUUUAUUCACAUCAUAACACAUAUCUAAAACAAAAACUAACCUAAACAAUGUUUUAAUAGUGAAAGGAAGGGAUUGUUACCUUCAGUACUGCAAGCAAUUUUUUUUCUAUUGAGCUAAGUUUCACAAUG